GCACGUCGUAUCCAGUUGUGAUAUAACCGAACCAACUUUAAUAGUUACACAACGUUGGCAUAAGGGGGCGGGCAUUCAACCACCCGCACGUAGUCGUGUAGCACGCCUCCAGUUAUAUAUCAUAUUUACGGACUGAACAAGUAUAAAAUUCUGGAGCAAUGUGGGCACAAAUGCUUGGAUUCACAGCUUUACCUCACCUGGGUGGACUCAGUGGAAGCAUCAUCACACGGAGGGAGGUGAAGACCUGGUAUCCCAGUCUCAUCAAGCCAGCAUGGGGUCCACCCAAUUCUGCUUUCCCAGUGGUGUGGAUGGGGCUUUACACUGGCAUGGGCUAUGCCUCCUACCUAGUGUGGAAGGAACUUGGAGGCUUUACCCAGGAUGCAGUGGUGCCACUGGGCCUCUACGGGCUACAGUUGGCUCUUAACUGGGCUUGGACACCCAUCUUCUUUGGAGCUCACAGUAUCAAACUUGCAUUGAUAGAGAUUGUGAUUCUGACUGGUACCGUGGGGGCCACCAUGGUGUCCUGGUACCCAAUCAGCUGUCCAGCUACCCUGCUCAUGGUGCCCUACCUGGCAUGGCUAUGCCUUGCCACCUGCCUCAACUACUGCAUCUGGAGAGACAACCCCGAGCCCAAGUGCGAUUAACCCCCUUCAAACUCUAUAAGCCCCACUGCCUCACUAGGUGGGACAGAAAGAAUCGCUGUCCUAUGAAGAGGUUCACAGCUUUAUCAUUUCCUCUUUUCCAUUUGUUUUGUAAAACAAUAAAAUUAAAACCGACAACUGUCUUUAGCUUUUCAUAACAUGUGGAUAUCUGUGCAUAGGGUAUCAGACACUUUAGUGCAUAUUGCUAAGUAUUUCCUGUCAAUCGUAGAAUACCAUUUGUGUUACAUACUGCAUGUUCAUUCCUUCAAUGUCCUUGUGAAGCAGAGACUGUAUACACAACCCUCUGCUUGGCAAUUCCUGAUAUUUUAUAUGUAUUUUGGUCUAGCAGCAAGCAAGGUCUAGCACAAAGAUCUCUUGUAAAUUACAUUCAACUUCUUUAGCUUUUCUGACAUCCUCUACUGUUUGGGGGAACAACCUCACCACAUGCAUUUGAGGCAGGAGUUGCAUUUCAUUUACAUAUCCAAUUCAAGUUUGGCAAGUAAAGUUGAAUAUUUAAACAA